GAUGAACCCAAACAGAUGGCAGAGGGUCUCACUGAAGUCAGUAUUGAGCCAGAAAACAAAGAACUACCAGCAAAUGUUUUGAAAAUUGUUCAAGCACCAGAUGUAUUAGAGGCUGUUCAAGCACCAACAUUAUAUUCAGAGGAGGGCAGUGUUCAAUCACUUGUAAAAGAGCUUAUACCAGAGGAUGUUCCAGAAGGAGAAACAGUUACUGAUGAACCCAAAGAGGAAAGAAUACCUCCCACUGAAGCCAGCCUUGAGCCAGUGGAUUCUUCCACAACUGGACAUGUUCAAGAACCAGAAGUACUACAAGCUGAGCAAGCAGCCACAUUAGAUUCAAAGGUGGGAAUCCUUUUUUCACUUGAAAAGGAAGUAACAUCAGGGGAUAUUCCAGUAGUGGAAACAGUUACAGAUGAACCCAGACAGGAAAAUGAAGUUGAGACAGAAGAAAAACUACCAGUAGAAGCUGCCAAAACAGAACAUGCCCAAGAACCAGAAGUAUUACCAUCGGAUGUCAAAGAUCAUGUAACUGAAACAAACCCUGAUGAAGGGACAUCGAUGUGUAUGCAUGCAGUCAUAGAAAGUAUUGAGGGAGGUAGUGCUCAGGAAUUUGAGAAGCAAAUAUUGUUAGAUGACGUUCAUAAACCAAACAUUGACAGUGUCAUUGCUUCAGUUACAGAUGGACUUAAGGGUGAAGGUGUGGCACAACUGGGUUCCUCUUUGGAGAGAGCAAAGGAUCAGGAAACUGAGAGUAUUACACAAGAUGUUGGGGUUGAGCAGGAAGAUUGCAUACCUGAAGGUGUAGACGAGUUAUUAACAUUAACAGCAGUUUGUGUAUCCUCUGUGAAUGAGGAAGAAAGUAAUGUCCAGGUACUAGAAAAGACUGUAUUAACCGAAGAAAGUCCAGCACCAUGUGUAGACAACGCUGCAGUUACAAAUGAACCCAAACAUGAAGUGCAUCUCAGUGCAGGGCAAGUCGACGUUGAGGGAGAAACAGAAAGUACGUUUUCAGGCACUGCUCAACUGACUUCUGCAGUUGAGCAUGCCCUAGUGGCGCAUGUAGUCAUAUGUAAUAUAAAAAAUGUCUCAACUGCAAUACCUGAUGUUUUGAUAGAGAAAACAUCACCCAUUACUGAAUUCUCGAUAGAAAGAGUCACAAGUGAGCUACUGUUUGAGGAGGAAGUCGAGACUGCCACAGCAUUAGUGAAAGACGAUAAGGCUGAGACAGCUGAGGAAGGCAGUGUGGUUGUGAUGAUGCACGUGCCAUCAGUAGAGUUUGAGGAUAAUAACAUAACUCAAGUACAGGUGGUCAAUGAUGAUAUCAAAUCAGCUGAAACAAUUGUGGACACAGUGGUAGAGGUAGGGGAAACAGAAGUCAUAGAUGUUUGUCAUGAAAAUGUUAAAAAGGUAGACAGUCUCUCCGCAACUCCAGAGAUUGUAGAGGAAUUAAUUAAUGAGCAAAACAAGGUGACCAUUCAAGAAGUCAUUCAACAUGUAAAGGAAAACUUACCAGAGACAGCACCUGAAUCACUGGUUGUCAACUUGGGACAAGAUGGUAUUGAACAGCCAGAUGCUGUGACCGAAGUGAGUGAGAUGGUUAAAAGUGAAUCAAAUGAAGUUGAGGAUCAAAAAGAGAUGGCUGAUAGUAAUGCAUCUUUCCAUGAAAGACAAGAUGAAACGUCUACGGAAAUCAGUGCCGUCGCUGCAACUGGACAGCAAGUGACUGAGGAUCUGCACACACCUGACGUUACACCAUGUUUAGAUGUUUCUAUCCAUGAUCAAAAAGACCAUUUGGAGGAAAAAUCAGAAGCAGGUGUCGUAGUAGAAGAGGUAAAAUCAAUUCAAGUGAUUCACAAAGAAACACAAAUUACCCAAGCUCCGAUUGUAACACCUAAUAACACUGGAUUAGUAGCACCCGAAUACACUGGAGUCAUCUCGUCGAUAGGUAACGUGGAGUCCCCUUCAAGUCUUUCAAUUGAAUUCAAACUCAACAUACAGUUUGGGCAAGCAAAUGAACCAGCUUCCCCACCUACAACAGAGAGAUCUGAACCUGUGAAAAAGACAGACGUGUCUGAGUUCGGAGUUCAGGCAGUAGUGGUAGUAGAACCCGUAAGGACAGCCAAACAAAUAGAGUUAAUGGAGGUCGCUGUUCAGGCUACAGGAACCACAGAACUAGCGGCAAACUUAGAUUCAAAGGAAAGAGCCGUGGUUACGACUCAACCUGUAGUGCUGGAUAUCAGCAUCCAAGCGAUGGAACCAGACGAACAAAUCAAAUCAACAGAGACAGUAAACUCCAGUGUCCAGGCAACAGAAACAAAAGAACCAGUGAGGCAAACAGAGAAAACAGAAGAGUCCCUGAGUCAGCCAGUACUCUCUGAAGCGUGUGAGCAAGAAACAAAAGAGCCUGCUAAACAGAAAGAGUUGGACCAGGAUGUGUGGAUGGAUGCUGAGGAAGACAUCUACACUCAAGAGAAAACAGAGGCGUGCCUUCUUGAGGUGGAGGAAUCUGUUGGACCUCAGACAGAAAGCGAGCAAGAGGCAAAGGCAGGACUUGAACAUGAGGUUGAAAUGGCUUCUAAAUCCAAGACUGAGGAAGAGGAAAGUCAACAGAAAAUGCACAAAACAGUAGAAAGAUGUGAAACUGAUAGCGAAGGUGAAGAUUUUGCUGUUGCACCCGAGCAUCCUGAAACUGAAACUGUGAGUGUCACAACAAUGGAGUGAAAUUAAUUCUGCUCGACUUCAGUGUCACUAACCGGUUGGACAAUCAAAAAGGAAGUCACUCAAGUUUGUAAGAAAUUUUCAAAAAGCCACUAAAGAGUAGCGCUGACAGUGGUAGAAGAACUUUACAGGAAACAGCAUUCUGCUGCUUUUAUUUGACAUUUUGUUCAACUUAUUAUUAUCAUAAUGUGUGCGAUUAAUGAGAGAGAUCUAGUACGAGCAACAUCAACUGGAGAACUGCUACGCUUGGCUCAGGGUGCAUGCAGUGUGAUUCUAGAGGUUUGACAGUGAACUACAUCCAUUAUCCAAUAGCUUUGUUCAAGCAUUCUCAUGAGCUGUUUCUUUAUAGUGCAAUUUUCCAAUCAUGUCAAAUCUUUUCAAUUAUAAAUCAUGUUUUUGCAAAGAUCUAUUUAGAUCUUUUUUUAGAUGAAUGUCUAAGAGUAUAAGACAGCAUUCUUGUUAGCAGUUUUGUGCUUCAAAUAGAUUUGUGUAAGUAUUAAAAAACAUUAAUUCAUAAUGUACAUAAACCAGGCACUGGACAAUUGUUCAUUUAUUUUGACCUAAAUAGUAUAUGUAUAUAUUUCACUGUAUCAUCUGUGCUCAUAAACUGUUUUGCUUCAUCACUUAAACAGGUCAAUGCAGGUAAAGACUAUAGGCAGAGCUGAACAUACUAUUACUGUAAACUAUCUUGUACAUAAUGAUUAAUGCUUAUACACUCAUGUGCUCAUUUUUAAUCUACCAGAAUUUUUACUGUGGCAAGUUAAGAUUAUUUUUGUUUGAAGUUAAAUGAAUCUUCACAUAUGUAUUUAUCAUUAAUUCAAUUGUAAUCAGCAAAGCCUUAAACAAUGAUGGCAGCUUUACUCAUCCCGUUCUAUCUCCCAGUGGUUUGUGUGUAAACCUCAAACACCUUAAGGAGACGAUUUAUUUCCACAUAUACGGACGUUAAUGGAAAAUUCUUGCUGAUCUUUGAUGUUAAAUAAUUACAAAAUGCAAAACAUAAACCCGAGUUGUGUGUUUAUAUAUUUACAUAUAUGUAUAAACUAUUUUAUUGGAAUAAAUUCAUACCUGGUUAUUUCAA